AUGAGCAGCGGUCGCGACGGGCAGAUGGGAGCGUCCGGCGGCGAGCAGCGGCGGGUGGAGGCAGGGCGCGUUGGUGCGAGUGCGAGUGAGCAACAGGCAGGCACGGACGGCGCUCCUUCGCAACGGACCAUCUCGCCCACCGCUCCCUCCCUCACGCCAGUUGGCCUUCCCCCAACGAUCACCGGCGCAGCUGGGCCGCCGGCUACGCUGAGGGAAGCGUCUGCAGUUCAGCGGUUCGCUUACCACAAGAAAGGGGCGCUGCCCCCCAUCAGCGCGCUGGCGCAGCGCGAGAUCGUGGCGCUGAAGCGCGCGCACCCCGAGCUGGAGGACGCGCACAUCGCGGCGGCCGUGAGCAAGCGGUUCGGCAUGUACGUCCGCGCGUACCACGUGCGCGCGAUCCUGCAGCGCGCGUCGGGCGAGCGGUGGGCGUCGUGCAGCAAGACGAGCUCGGACCGAUACAAGAACGCGGAGCUUGAAGCCGAGAUCGUGCGGUGGGUGCGCGAGACCAAGGCGCGCGAGGAGGCGGCGAGGCUGCCGAGCACGCGGUGGAUCAUCACGCUGAGGCGCGUUAGCAAGUACGCCAAGGAGAUCGGCGCCACGUAUGGUGUUCCGCCGCGGUUCUUGUACUCGUCGGCGUGGUGCAGAAUGGUGCUGGAGGAUGCGGGGCUGGAUAGACGCGGGAACGAGUUGGACAGGCGCGUGCUGGAGAUUGAGGAGGGUGCGGGUGAGGGUAGCGGAGGGGGACGCGGGGAGGAAGUAGGAGGGAACACGAACCAGCCACUGGACCUGAGGAUCCGGUACGAGAUCGCCGUGGUGAAGCACGUGCGCCCGUUCCUGGACAACAAGGUCGUCUCCGCCGUCGUGCUCGCCAAAUACGGUGUGGACGUGCCGCCCAGGAAGGUGCAGCGCAUUGUGGAGGAGAGCGCCAAGUGGAUGGCGGCAGGUGCCAUCCCUGCGACCACGGAGCCCAUGGUGCGGCUGGAGGAUGCCAUUGCGGCGUGGGUGAUGCGCGAGGAGCAGGGCCACGGCAGGGAGGUGACGCGCGAGCGGGUCCUGGAGAAGGGGAAUGCGGUGGCGGGGAAGUUCUUGCCGCGCGUGCGCAGGCCGUUCACGCAGCAGUGGGUGGCGGUGUUCAUGCGCCGCUAUGGGCUGCUGCUGCUGCCGCUCACCCCGGGGCCCUCGGGUGGCGUGGAGGGGCAAGGGGAGGAGAGCGGGAGUGAGGAGGAGGAGGCCGCGGAUGAGGAGCGAGGGCGGGGCGGCGGGAAGGAAUGGAGCAAGGAUGCGCGUGGAGGGGAAGUGGGGGCAGGGGAGAGCGGUGCGGAGGGAGCGGUGGGAGGUGGUGGGGGUGGGGAUGCGGAUUGGAGGAGCGCGCGGUGGAGUGACGGAGCUGCUGCUGGUGCGGCUGUCGGUGUGCAGGGGAUGACAGCAGGGGUAACGAGUGAGGAGGAGGGCGGGGAGGAUUCGGAGGAAGAGGAGGAGGAGGAUUCGGAGGAGGAGGAGGAGACGGGGCAGGGAGGGAGAGAUGGAGGGAAGUUGAGAGGCGGGGAGGGGAAGCAGGUGGAGGUGGUGGUGGAACUCCAUGUGGACAGCCGGCACUUCCCGGUAGCACUGGCAGCAGCGAGGCGGGCAGCGGAGGAGACGGUGAGAGAGUUCCAGAGGGACGUGGUGGAAGAAGCGGUGUUUGAAGCGGGGCUGCUGGUGCGCGGGGCUGUGGGGUACGGCAGCCAGCUGUGGCUAAGGGACGAGCGCGGGCUGGAUGUGCGAGGCCGCGGGCUCUGGGCCAGGCACAGGCGGUUGGCCGCUGCUGCUGGGAUGAAGGGAGGCGGUGUGGGUGGGGUGGGAAGUGGGGCGAAAGGGAAGGGGAGAGAGGUGCCGGAGGUGGUUGAGUUGAGUGAUGACGAGGAGUGCGUGCAGGGAGGGGAGGGCGAGGUUGGGGCGCAGCAGAGGAGAGUGAGUGGGGAGGUGAAGAGGGUAGAGAGAGGAGAUGAGGGAAGGGUAGAGGCGGAGGAAGUGAGAAGCGUGGCGGACGAAGGAGAGACGAGGGAAGACGGAGGGGCAGAGGGAGGAGUGGAGUCGGGGAUAGAAGGAGGGUUAGAUGCAGUAGCAGAGGAGAGGAUAAGCAAUGGUGCAGGCAGUGCGGCAGACAAGAGCAUUGAGGCAGGGGUGACUGUAUGUGCCCAAAAGCAGUCAUCAAGUAGCAAGGCGGGCAGCAAACUGACUAGGGAGCCGGGGUAUGGGUCGAGUUGGUUCCUGUGCGAGCGCGUGGCGUGCAUGGGGCGCUCCUACCGCAGCAGCCUGCCCACCGAAACCCUGCUCAUCCACGCGCCCCCCUCCUCGCUCGGCACAGCGUCUCUCGACACACAGGGUUCCGACGAGGAGGAGGAGGAUGAAGAGGAAGAGGAGAGGCACGCGGUACGUGAGCAGAGGCACGGCGUGGGGGUUGAGAGUGCGCGGCACAGCGCAGGGCGGUUCAUCUACCUCUCACGGCCCCUGCGGCGGCAGCGGCAGCGGCAGGGCGAGGGGCAGGAGACGAGCAGAGUGCUGGAAGGAAUCACCCUGAGCCGCGUGCGCGCGCUCUGCCUUUUGGUGCAGUCGCGGCCGAGCCUACAGCAGGCGCACAUUCUCAAGGCAGUGGAGAAGGCGUGGGGCGUGCGCAUGCACCCUGGCGUGCUCAUGGCCAUUCUAGCUCAGAGGCACCGCUGGCUGCAGCUGCCACAGGGGCUGUCGCUGCGCCUGCUCAAGAGGCCGAGGCUGAGGGCCAAUAGGCUGCUGGAGGUGGCUCUAGCGCGCUGGGUGGAGGGCUUGGGCGCGGGGGUGAAGGUUUACUGGGAGACUAUCUGCUGGCCGCCCCGCCUUGCUUCUGCUGAUGAGAGCGGUAGCGCUGCUGCUGGUGCGGGUGCGGGUGGUGGGGGUGGUGGUAUGAGCAAGCGCGUGCGGUACGUGCUAUCAAAGGAGGUGAUUAUAGAGGUGGCGAGGAGGAUCGGGCCGAUAGUGGGAGUGGUGCCGACGUUCAAGUACGCGUACAGCUGGUGUGCUCGGUUCGUGCAGAUGCUCGCCAAGUGCCGCGCACUGCAGGCCGAGGCAGCACGCGAGAGAGCGGACAUGCAGGGGGGGCUUCUUGGAAAGGAGUUGCGUGGAACAGACGCUGAGAGGGGGGAGGUGGGUGCGGGAGGUGGGGAGGGGCGUGGGCAGGGAGGGGAGAGGGAGGGAGGACGGGCGGAGGGUGGAGGGAGUGGGGAAGUGGCAGGAAGGAGUGAAGGCAGGGAGAGGGAGGAAAUUGGGGAUGAAGAAAUGGAGGAGGAAGUGGAGAGGCUGUUGGAGGAGGAGAGGCAGGGUGAGGCGGCUGUGGGGCGUGGGGAGCAUGAGUCGUGGGAUGACCUUGCCGUGUGGGACUCAGGCAUAGAUCAGGGGGUUGAUGGUGCACGAGGGGUACCUGGGACAGCAGCAGGUGAAGGGAUGGCGGGGGCGGAUUCGGAAGCCGGAACAUGUGCAAGGCAGGAGGAGGCGUGGAGAAGGGAAUUUCUAAAGAGGGUGGAAAGGCACCUGCUGGAAGCUCAGAUGAGCUCAGGUCAACGUGGGGAGGCUCACAUGGGGGAGGCGCGAGUGGGCGAGGCUGAAACGUGGGAGACUCAGUUGACACGCAGACGAGGGCUGGACGUACCAGUGGCGGGCGCUGCAGCACCAGUACCAGAGGAGCCGUCAGCGGCAGUGGUGGUGGCGGCGGUGCGGCGGGCGCUGUGUGAGUGGGUGGCGGAGGGGGUGGUGGGGCAGCGCGCGGACUCGGAGGAGGCGCGGGAGCAGGCGGUGGUGGUGGGCUUGGUGGGGGCGACGUGGGGCGUGCAGGUGGGCGAGGAGGACCUGGCUGUGCUGUGGCAGCAGCGCACUCAGCUGCUGGGGAUAGCGUGGGAAGCACGUGUGCGAGAGAGACUGGCGAGUCAGGGUAAAGGCGGGUUGAGGGAUGAGGGCGGGAGACAGGGGCUGACGGAGGGGUUGGGUGAGGGGGAGGGUGGACGGGAGAAGGAGGGAGAGGUGGGGGUGCAGGCAGGAGUGAGAAGCGCUAGCAUGAUGCGGCGUGUGGAAAAAGUGCUGGCGAAAUGGGUGAAGGGAAGGGUAGGAAGGGGGCAAAGGGGAGAGGGGGGUUGUGGUGUGGGAGGGGAGGGAGGAAUGGAGGGGAGGAGGAUGGAAGGUGAGGCUGAGAGGGGGCAGGGAGAGAGUCAGCAGGGGUGGCAGCAUGAGAAAGGGCAGAGCCAGAGGUUAGCUUGUGUGCAAGAGGGGAGCGCGACUCCUGCUCCUGCUCUCACUGCCACAGCUAUCCGUGGCUGUGCCAUGCACCUGGUGCUGAAAUGCAACAUGCCUGUCUCCAUGUCUCACAUGUUCACGCGCCAGUGGAUGCUCGCAUUCCUGCACCGCUGGAGCAUCAACCCCUGCCUCGUAUCCGGCCUUGACAAGCUUCCAUGCUCUACACCCGCCACUAAUACCACGACCACCACCGUCACCACCACUGCUGCUGCUGCUUCCGCGGCUGCUGCCGUUGCCGGUGCUGGCGGAACACCAUCGGGCGCACAAGAAGGGAGCUCGGGAGGAAGGAGAGAGCUGAUGACACAGGCGCCACAAGCAUCAGCGGCAGCAGAGACAGCAGAGGCAGCAGAGAGCGCGAUGGAGGUGGGGGUGGAUCUGCUGGAGUGGGUGGAUGCACGGGACGUGCGGGCGCUGCUGCGCGCCAUGGACGGGGAGAUCUGGCGCGUGCGCCUGCGCGUGCGGCAGCGCAUGCGCUGGCUCAGCUGGGUGGACCAGCUGCACCGCCAGGCCCGGCGAAAGGGGGAGAACAGCGCGAGGGGGGGCACGGGGGAGGUGGGGGACGCGGGGAAGGGACAAGAGGGCGCGAGUAGGGUGGCUGGGGGCGGUGGAUGCUGGGGUGAUUUGAGUGGUGGCGGGGAGAAGGGUGGUGGUAAGAGUGGGAGAUUGUGGAGGACUGGUUUGUUCAACACGCCGUGUUACUAUGACCCGCUGAGCGAGGAGCGGCCUAAGAAGGGCGUGCGUGCGGGCCAGGUGCGUGGUGACAAGCAGAGGCAAGGUGCCGAGGAGGGCGAGGACGAGCGAGGGAUAGAAGGAGCAGACAGGGAUGAUGCAGAGGUGGCCGCAGAGUGUGUGGUGAGUGGGGGGUUGGAUAGCGGGGGAGAGACAGGAGAAGGUGAGGGAGAGGAAGGGAGGGAUGGUGCAGAAACGGGUCGGGGAAGAAAAGAGGGGAGAGGACGAGGAGAAAGGGGAGGACGACGAGGGGGGAGAGGACGAGGAGGAGGGAGAGGGAAAGAAGGAGGGAGAGGGGCAGGAGGAGGGAGAGGGAAAGGAGGGAGUGGGGGAGGAGGAGGGAGAGGGGGAGGUAGAGUGAGAGGGGGAGGAGGGAAAAGGGAAGAAGGAGUGAGAGGGGGAGAAGCAGUGACAGGGGGAGAAGGAGAGGAAGGUGGAGCGAGGGGAAGAGCGAAGCGUGGUGGAAGAGUGAAAAGCGGAGGGGGUCCGAGGACGAAGAAGCUUGUGGGAGUCAACUGGGAUGGCUUCUGGAGCUUCGAUGAUGGGCAUGCUGCUGGCAAUGCUGGUGAAGGAGCAGAUGGUGGGAGACAGGGUGGAACCGAUGCUCGUGAUUUCACUGCACCUGCUGCUGCUGCUGGUGGUGGUGCUGCUCGUGCUGGUGCUGCUGCUGCUGCUGCUGGUGAUAAUGAUGUUGGUGGAAGCAGUGACAGCAGUGGGGCAGGGGAUUACGUUCAACCUCUCCCGCACCACCUUCCCAACACUCCACAGCAACCCAAUAGCCAACCACAGCAGCAGGGACAGCAGCAGCAGUGGCAAUCAUGGCCUGGGUGGCAAACGCCUGGAGUACCUCAUGCCCCGCACCCUAGUCCUCCUGCUGCUACAGCUACUGCUGCUACACACAGUGCUGCUGUGGGUCCGAGUGCAGCAGGUGCUUACAUGGGCGGUGCAGGAGAUCAAGCUGGCGCACGACACAAGGACACAAGGAAGGGAGGGCAGGAGCAUAGGGAGGAAGCUGGGAGGCUGGGGAAGAGGGCUAAGGGAGCAUUGCAGCAGCAGCAGGCGGUGCAGAAGAGGAGGGCUGAGGAGGUGAUGCAACAAUGGAGAGGGGCUGCACAAUCGUCGGCUUUUCAGAGCGCAUGGAAGCCGCUGGUGGUGCAGCGGAGUGACGACAAGGGAGGAGAUGAUGGGGAGACAGAGGAUGAUGAGGAAACGGUUGAUGAUGAUGAAACAGAGGAUGAGGAGGAAACGGAGGAUGAGGAAACAGAGGAUGAUGAGGAAACAGAGGAUGAUGAGGAAACAGAGGAUGAGGAGGAAACGGAGGAUGAGGAGGAGGAUGUUAUUGAGGUUGUGGGGACGAAGAGGAAGGCACAUGUUAGUUCUGUGAUAAGGAGAGCAAAAGCGGGGAGGCAGGGAAAGGGACAGAAGAGGACAGUUAAGUAA